GCCGGAGCUGCAUGCAUGCAGCAGCGUCUCGCCGGGACCCGGGAGCGCCCUGGACCAGACCAGGCCGCGGCCCAUUUCACGAAAAUGGCCUUACACUUUGGUGACACCACACGGCCCGGCCGGCAGAGCAGACCUUGCGUUCCACUACAAAAAAAAAGGCAGAGCAGACCCUACCUUAACUUCCACACAGCAGCGGCGGCGGCGGCGGCGGUACGAUUAGCUUCCUCGCCGGCGCGAUCGACGCCCACUCCGCCACCAGCCUAUGACAUCUGGUACCCGCCUCUGAGAUCCGGAACGAUGGCGGAGACGCAGCCGCGCUCGCCGCCGCCGUCGUGGUCGGCCAUCCCGCUGGACCUGGCAAGCCUGGUGCUCCGCCUCCUCCCCGCCUAUGCCGACCGCGCCCGCUUCGCCGCCGUGUGCCCGCAGUGGCGCGACGUCGCGCAGCAGUUCCUCCGCCUGCACCCGCCGCUGCCGCUGCUCGCGCUCCCGGACGGCACCUUCUACAGCCUCCCCUACGCCAAGCCCUUCCGCUUCCCGGGAUUCGGCUUCGCCGGGUACCAGGGCGUCUGCGGCAGCUGGCUCGUCUUCCCGCGCGACGACGAGUGCUUCCUGCAUGACCCGUUCGCCAGGGCAACCGUCAGGCUCCCUCCUCUCUCGCGCGUCCGGCUGCGUCCUCCAAACGCAGUCCAGAAAUGGACAAAAUGGGAAGACGGGGAGCGCUCCCCCGACCCUUACACCACAUGGAUGCAUAUAGAGGACAUGGAAGGGAAGCUGCGCAUGAGCAAGAUAAUAUUGUGCUCUCCCAACCUUGUUGCUGCUCUGGUCGGUGUUGGAAGGCCCUGUCACCUUCCAAUAUGCCAUCCAGGAGGCCCCAGUCAGAUUCUAAUGUGCCAGCCGGGGGCCUCGUCGUGGUCAGUACGCGCGUACGACAGGUGUAGGCUUUAUGAAGACAUGGCGUUCUACCAGGGCAAGCUCUACGCCAUUGCCAAUGAUGAGAACCUCUUUGUGGUGAACAUCAGCCAGGACCAAUGCACCGGGGAUCCACAGGUUUCUCGAGUUGGACAGGUCAUCAAGGGUGAUCCCUGGCAGACAGUUGCGUCCGAAGGUGACAAUGCACCCGGCAAGAAGCUCUACCUGGUUGAAUCACGCGGUAAAUUGCUGAUGGUAUGCAGGAAGAUUUGGGUUCCUGAACUUGAAGACGGAGAUUUUUCUUUCGGGAAUGAGUUUGAGGUAUUCGAGGCUGACUUUGAGCAUUCACGGUGGGUGAAGGUGACAACUGUGGGGGAUGACCAGGUGCUGUUUCUUGGGAGAAGGUGCUCCAGGGCUGUCUCUGUGUCUCAGUAUGGGUUGCCGGGUGAUCGCAUCUUUUUCUUGGAUGAUGACGAAGUGAAUCGUGUGAAAUACGGCUAUGAUGAGAACACCUUUUGCAGUGCCUAUAACAUGAGAGACGGCAAGGUCUCUUCCCCUCACCCAAUGAUCUCCUGGAAACGUUGUGAUGAGAUGUGUCUUGCAGCAUGGCUCUUCCCUCAGGACUGAAUCGCUGAAGUGAAGAUGUUAUUGCUAUUCCAGCUGCUUCCAAGUUGGUAUGGUGAUCAGUAGUUACCAGGCCAAUAAAUUGCCUUAGUAUGUAUCCAGUUUGACCACCUUAUUUAUCUGAACUUACAUGGUGGUUACUAUGGUGCAAGUUGUUCACUUAAUUGGUUUACCGUUUCCUGGGAAAGAUCCUAAAGUGCAUGACUGCUUAUGUGUCAA